AUGUCUCCAUCCAAGCGCCAGAAACCCCCGAGGAUGCCCAAGUGCUCCCGCUGCAGAAACCACGGCUAUGUGUCUCCUCUGAAGGGACACAAACGGUUCUGCAACUGGAGGGACUGCCAGUGUCCAAAAUGCAAGCUUAUAGCAGAGAGGCAGAGAGUAAUGGCGGCCCAGGUCGCCCUGAGACGGCAGCAGGCUCAGGAAGAGGAGCUUGGGAUUUGUGGUACGGUAUCUCUGAGCGGUCCCGAUGUGAUGGUGAAGAAUGAGGCUGGGGCAGACUGCUUGUUCUCCCUGGAGGGGCGAGCCCUGACACCCACCAGCACCUCCGCUUCUUCUCUUGCCGUCACAGGGGGUCACUCGGGUCUGUCCCCCAGCCUCUCAGCCGGGGCCCGGGCUCACACCGAGGAGUCCUCAGACCUGCUGAUGGAAACUUCAUAUUACAACUUCUACCAGCCUUCACGAUACUCCGCCUACUACGGAAACCUCUACAACUACCAGCAAUACCAGGUGGAUGAUGAUAAUAUAAGGUGGUGCAGAGCUUCCAGACAGGAGAUGGUGCCAGAUAAGGAGACAGGCCCUCUCAGGGAGAUUCCUCAUGGUGAGGGCCGCCUGUCCAGCCACAACAUGUCCUCUCAGUACCGCAUGCACUCCUACUACCCAGCAGCCACCUACCUGACUCAGGGCCUGGGUUCCUCCAGCUGUGUGCCCCCCAUCUUCAGCGUGGAUGACAACAACAACUGCUCUGAGACUAUGGCAGCUUCAGCCUUCUCCCCCGGUAGCGCCCCCCCCGGGCACAGCUCCGCCCUGCCCUGCAGGUCCAUCAGCACCCUGGGUAACUCUGACGUCAACGAGUGUCAGGUCGGCAGCGAGACACCCAACUUAACCGUGGACUCCAUCGUCGAUGGUGACGCCGGCAAGUAA